CUUUGUCCAACUUUGUCCUUGCCUUGCUUUGUCCGCCGAAGAGAAGCGAGAACUCACUAAAUCGUUAGUGCACUUUCUGCCGAGUGUCACUAAAAUAUGUGGUAUGACAGCAUAGGAAUUACACUAAGUGCAAGUGUCACUCGCUGAAAGUGACACUAAAUUAGUCCGUCUGAAUGAGUUCAUUCAGUUCAUACGAAUGACUGGUUCAGUCUGAACGAAUCAUUUUCGAACGGCACAUCACUGACUGCCGAUCGUUUGUUGCACGAUAGGCGCCGCCGUGGACUUCCAGCACGGAUGUGCCGUUUGCAUAAGCAGUGUCCGUGGUGUACGUAGCCAAGUCUACACUAAUCCCUUGAAACGUCUGCAGCGGGAUCGUCACUAAAGCAUUAUAGCAGCAACAGGAUCCACUAUUUGAUGCGUCAACAUGCUAGCCGUGCGUCGUGUGCAGUGGGAGGCAUUGCGGCAGUGGAGCCGGCAUAGUUACCGCGCUUAUACUAAUAAUCAUGCUGGCGUCGUGUGGCAGCGGACGCUCAGCGGAGUGAGCGUGUUUCGAAUGGAAGUACCACAGUGCCGCGUUGAGUCGAGCGAAAGCAGAGAGCUCACAAUCCGCAUAGCGGACGGGGACCAUGGGGAACCUGUCGUUCGUCUGAAUCAGAAGAAUAACGUUGCAUCCUUGGCGCUUGAGUGCUCUGGACACAGUACUCGCUGCAGUGUCUCCCUACCAUCCAACACCAGCUUAGAUGUAUUGGGCCGAGACAUUUCUUUGGACGGGCUAUUACUUGAUCAAUGUCGGCUGUCUGGAGAAACCGUCACUUUCUCCAACGUCAAGUUGGCCAAGACACUGUCUGUGGAAGCUGCUCAAGUGACGUGCAGAGGGGUGCUACAGUCGGGGGACAUCAGACUUCAGACGCAGAAACUACUGGCUGAGAGAAUUCUGGUAUCACGGACGCUGGAGGUGUCCGCUAGUGAAGUUAGGGUCAACGCGGUCUACACGGACAGCCUGCUUCUGGACUGCCAGGGCCUUGUGGACUUGGGCACAGUGCACGGAUACGGCACUCUGACUACUGGGGACAUCCGUGUAGGUAGCAUCGAGGGAAACUUUGAUGUAAUCACAACCUCUGGGAAAGUAAGCCUCUUAGUGGCACGCACGGACAAGUUGACUGUACGCACGACGACGGGUGAUGUCUGCCUCUACUUCCUGACGCCAUACUCAACAUAUGCACAGGGGCAUACAGUAUAUCGGCAUGAAGAUAUUCCAAAUGGUACAGACAAUGAUGCCACUGUGCGUGUGUUUUCCCAAGGCGGAAAAGUGUACCUGGCUAAACAGGAUUGGGCCACACACAUUGUUGGUAGACAAGCAUGAGUAGGAGUACUAUUUUAAGAAGCCUUUUUUGGAGAUACAAACUGUUUUGGGUUAUUUCAGAUCUUGCUCUGCAGUAGCUGCUUCACCAUGUCAUUUCUUUCUUUUUUUUUUGUCCUCGUUGCUCUGGUGUAUGAACAAAGGAGGUUGUAUCUCUGUGGAGAUCUGUACUACCGAAGUAUGCCAUGAAACACACCUGCUGAAAUGUUAUUUAUUUGGAACUUAUGGUAUUAAUAAAAUAGCCAUUGUAGUGAUGACAAUGUAAAAUAAAGUGGCUCUCUUCAACA